CAAACAAAAUCUUUACGCGCUUCAGCUCAAUUCGCAAAUCAUUUGACUUAUUGCACAGUCAUGAUCUCUAAGCAAAAAAUUCGCCUAGUCAAACAUGGAAUGGCGUUUUAAAUGCUGUUAUCAUGGGAUGGAACCAAUUGUGUCGUUUUCUAUUUUACAAUAACAUAACUUGACAGAGGCCAGUCUUCUACUUAAGUUAAAAGACGUGUGAUGCAGCCAAUGGUGCACUAUCCACAGGUCUAGCCUGUUGCUUUGAAAUGGUAUUUGAAAAAAAACAGUUUAAAAAAAAAUGCAAACAAAAAUAAAGUAAAAACUUGUUUCGAAAUGAGUCUGUACAUUUUCUCAGUGCCGACAGCUAGCGUGCGACUUUCCGAUAAGCGUCAACAAUAAGUGGUGUGUGAGAAUGGAAGCUUUUUCUUCACCACUGUAAUACGAUCUACUGAUACCGCGGGGAAGCUCUGGAGAUCGCUUAAAAGCGACUUUCGGAGAAGAGUAUUCAAUAGUAGCUACCUGCUGGCGAAGCUUUAAACAUGUCGCUCGAGCUGCUGCUUCUUGGCGCCACCUUAGCGGUCGUUUUCUAUAUCUGGCAGAGGCGGGCCUUCGGUUUUUGGCAGCGCCAUGGGGUGAAGUUCAUACGCCCAAUACCCCUUCUGGGCUGCACCCGUGAAUUUCUGACGGCACGAGUACCGUUCUUUGAGCAGAUACAGAAAUUCCACGAAGCACCGGGCUUCGAAAAAGAACCCUUCGUGGGUGUGUACAUGGCCUAUCGUCCGGCCUUGGUGAUUCGCGAUCUGGACCUGAUCAAAACGGUGAUGAUCAAGAAGUUUCAGUACUUUAACAAUCGCGUUCUGCAAACGGAUCCGCACAACGAUGCGCUCGGCUACAACAACCUUUUCUUCGCUCGUAGUCCGGCGUGGAGAGAGUUGCGAACCACCAUCUCGCCGGUGUUCACCACGGGAAAGAUCAAGCAAAUGUAUCCGCUUAUGGUAAAGAUUGGAAAGAAUCUGGAGGAUAGCGCUGAGCGACUGGGCAGUGGUUCCAGCGUCCAAGUGAAGGAUCUGUGCGCCCGCUUCACCACCGACCUGAUAGCCACCAUAGCCUUCGGUCUGGAGGCCAACGCUCUGCAAAACGCCAGUAGCGAGUUCUUCUACCACAACAAGGCUAUUUUCGCGGUGACAUUGCGUCGGGCCAUUGACUUUGCUAUCAUCUUCAUGCUGCCUGCCUUCGCGUCGCUGGCCCGCGUUAAACUGUUUUCUAAGGAAACCACAAAGUUUAUUCGGAGCAGCAUCAACUACGUGCUGGCGGAACGCGAAAGGACCGGUCAGAAGCGGAACGACCUUGUCGACAUCCUGCUGGCCCUGAAGCGGGAGGCUGCCGCCAACCCGCAGAAGCUGUCAACGCCAGUCGAUCUAGACUACCUGGUGGCCCAAGCGGCCAUUUUCCAGACAGCCGGCUUCGAAACCAGCUCCUCCACAAUGACCCUCACUCUCUACGAGUUGGCCAGGAACGAGGCGCUGCAGGACCGCCUGCGGCAGGAGAUCACCGAUUACUUUGGCGACGAGGAACAUAUCAGCUAUGAGCGCAUUCAGGAAAUGGCCUACCUGUCCCAGGUCGUGAACGAAACGCUGCGCAAGUACCCUAUCGUGGGCUACAUAGAGCGAGAGUGCUCCCAGCCGGCGGAAGGUGAGCGCUUCACCCUCGAGCCCUUCCACAACAUGGAGCUGCCGCACGGAAUGUCCAUCUACAUGUCCACUCUGGCCGUCCACCGGGAUCCCCAGUACUGGCCGGAGCCGGACAAGUUCGACCCGGAGCGCUUCGACCCGGCCAACCGCGAUAAGCUUAACAUGGAUGCCUACAUGCCGUUCGGCGUGGGUCCGCGCAACUGCAUCGGCAUGCGAUUGGGCUUGCUGCAGUCGAAGCUGGGCCUGGUGCACCUGCUGCGAAACCACCGCGUCCACACGUGCGACCAGACCGUUAAGAAGAUCGAGUGGGCUGCGACUAGUCCGGUCAUUGCCUCCAAACAUGAUAUUGUCCUUCGGCUCGAGAAGGUUUCCGUCUAGUAAGCUUGUAAAGCGAGCCCUUCCACGAUGUGGAUAACCUGUAAAUAAUGUUGAAAUUAAAGAGUUGCAUUCCAAAGAAA